AUGCAGCUCGAUGAAGGCCAAUUAUCUGAGGAAGAGAUCCAGCUCAAUACACUAACAACCCUCUUCACCGUCGACGCCCGCAUUUGCAUGAAACGAAAAAGCUUCUGCAUGCGCACGCAAGAGCUGGCGGUAGCCCGUCGCGAGAAAGUCGAGCAACUAAGUCCAGGAGUGUGGAGUGACUGGAUCCGGAUCUGCUGGCACAUUAGCACCACCGCAUCAGGGUCCGAGAACAACGGGAUAGGGAAUAUCGUGCGCGGGUUUGUGAAAAUGUAUGAAAGUGGUGAGGAGGUGGAAAAAUUGAUUGCGUCGGGACGGUGUAAUAGAUGUAAUACGGCGUGGAAAGUUCAGAUCCGAGAGAUUGAGCGAAGGGAUGUCUGUCUUGUGUUGACUCGGUGGAUGAAUAUGGGCUCAGGUUUGAAUCCUCAGGACUCUGUUUGGAGGUCACUUAUUGAGUCGAAGCAUUCGUUGAGCUCGGCUUUGAUGAAGUAUGAUCCUCGGGUGCAGUUUGAGCAUGAUUCUGUGCAGGCGCGCUCGGGGAAGCCGUUGACUGAGGAGGCGCUGUUCUGGAGAAAUGUGGGACUUUCGCGGGGGAAGAGAUACCGGCGUUUGAUGAUCAAGUCGAAUGAUUCCAGGUGGAUAGAUCAAUCCCGGGAGCAAUGGUUGAGUGGAGAUCUUGGGGACAAAGUGAGAUUGAGCCCAGGAGUGGUUCCUGGUGUGCCAUUACUUGAUAACAAGCGAGUUACGUGA